AUGCUUGCACACAACACGAAUGUGACAGAUGUGAAUCCACCCUAUGGCGGCUACCCAAAAUUCAUUUCUCAAGGCUUCAAUGAUGAUCAUCUCGCUCAACAAUUACGACAAGCCGCACAUACAUGGAUUCCGGCAAUCUGGUUUCUCUUGGAUCCUUACACAUAUCAGUACUGGAACUUCAGCACCACUCGGAACGGCGCAAAGCCCCAAAAUUAUCUGAAGAAAUACUCGUCAGAUCACACGGCUGAAACUGCCUACGAGUUUCUCAAAGAUGCUCUGGAGACCCAAAACAUCCCUUUCUUCGUCACAAUCGCACCGAUUGCGCCGCAUGCUGACGUCUCUUUCUACCCGGAAAUGAGGGCUGGUCCACCAGAGGUAGCAGAGAGACACAGGCAUCUAUUCACUAUCAUAUUCCUCGAACGCCAAACUUCAAUCCCGAACACCCCAGUGGUGCUCAACAACACAGUGCUCGCGUACAAUGACGAGUAUCAGCGACAGCGUCUGAGAUCGUUGCAAGCUGUAGACGAGAUGGUGGAGAACAUUGUCAGCCAACUCUCCGACGCUGGCGCUCUGGAGAAUACGUACAUAAUUUACACAUCGGAUAAUGGCUACCACAUCUCUCAACAUCGCAUGCACCCAGGCAAAGAAUGUGGAUACGAAACUGAUAUAAGAGUUCCAAUGAUUAUCCGUGGCCCUGGCGUACCAGAGGGGGAAGUUUCGUAUAGUGUUUCUUCUCAUACGAAUAUCGCGCCUACGAUCAUGACGUUAGCAGGUAACGAUCUACGAUUCACCUUUGAUGGGCAGCCCAUGCACCUUCACAACCUGAGCGCAUCGCGACCAGAACAUUUGAACGUGGAAUUCUGGGGCCUCGGUGUGCCGGAGGGCAAAUAUGGCUACGGCGGCAAGUAUGGGUACGUGGAUGGUCCAGGCAACGCGUACGUUAACAACACGUAUAAAUCCCUGAGGAUUGAAAAUUCAAAGUACGGGUUUUACUAUUCGGUGUGGUGUACUGGAGAAAAAGAACUGUACGAUAUGAAGGCAGAUCCAGCUCAGAUGAACAAUCUUUUGGGUUCUGCUUCAAGCUCAGGUCAUACGUUAUUGGGCAGGGCGGUGGUAGACGUUGUCGACAGGCUUGACGCGUUGCUGAUGGUACUAAAGUCCUGCAAGGGAGAGUCCUGCGUUGCUCCAUGGAAACACAUUCAUCCGCAAGGUGAUGUCCACAGCCUAACUGACGCUCUACAUCGACAAUUCGAUUCCUUCUACACGCAGCAGCCAAAGGUGGCAUUCUCUAAAUGUGAGUUGGGGUACAUCAAAUCGUCUGAAGGACCACAGGACGUCAACGUCUUUGAAAGUGUCGACCGCUGGAGCAAGAUCCAGGAUCAAAACCCAAUGUUAGACGUUCACUGGAGCCUCCGGGCAUGA